GUACCACCAAAGUAAAUCUUGUGAAGAUCCCUUCGACUGCUUCCAGUCCUCGAGACACUGCUCUAGCAGCUGUUAUAUGCAGUGCACUUGCAACAGUGCUCUUAGCUCUUCUUAUUCUUUGUGUUAUCUAUUGUAAGCGACAGUUUAUGGAGAAGAAACCAAGCUGGUCUCUGAGAUCACAAGACAUUCACUACAAUGGCUCUGAAUUGUCAUGUUUUGAUAGACCACGGCUAAAUGAAUAUGACCACAGGACAUGUUGCCAGUGCCAGAGAAGCACAUCACAGACAUGUGGACCAGUUCACUUGAUUCCAUCACUGUGCUGUGAGGAAACCUGUAGCAUGGAGCACAGCAGUCACAGUUGUGCUUUCCACUCACAGACUACGCUUAAUGAAAGGGCUUCUGAUUCUGUUGGAGAAAUGAUUCCUACCUUCCUUGGUUCUCUUUCACACUCUACCUGUGGAGACAUUUCAGAUGCUUGGCCUCUUAUGCAAAACUCAGCUUGUUGUGACAGCAUUUCUUUCUGUGAAUCAUAUUCAGAACUGGCUGGAGGAUCUGCAAAAUUAUGCAGUCCUGAGACUGAAAAUGCAGCCACUGUUGAAUUGGAUAAUAACCAGGAACUAAGUGAAGUACUUAUUUCAGCUAAAUCUCUUGAUGGAAACGUUGCAAAGUCCUUUGAAAUCUCCAAACAUAGAACAUGCAUAGAAGUUUCAUCACUUCAGAACUCAGCAGCUGCUGAAACCCAGCCAAAGACAAAGCACAAUGGAACAGCAAAUGACUUUACAGACUGAUAAAGAGGUAA